AAAAAAAGAAGGUUGAUAGUGAUACUGAGGGUCGUGGAUUUUGCAUUUGUAAUUUUCUUUCAGAAUAUUUCUGUAGAUAAAACAAUUUUUAUGUUCAAAACCAUUCAAUUAAAAUAAGAAUAUGGAUGAUUUAAAAAUGUCCAUUAAUCAGUACAGAGACCAACUCUCCAUAGUCAAUGAAGCGUUAUCAGCAGUAUCGGACAAUGACCAGCGUGAGUCAUUAUUAGCUCUACAGUCUGAAUUGACAGAACUCAUACAACUUACUCAAGAAAAUUUGGAUGCUGUAUCAGUAAAUGAAGGAGCCUCAAGUAGUACAGCCGAAUCUAAAGAAGACGGUAAAACUAAUAAUACCGAUGGAUUGGACGAAGAAUAUGAUUUGUUCAUGCAAGAAAUGGCUAAGAGUGGUGCAUAUGAACCAAGUAAAACUGAAUCACAGAUAAGUGAAGCUGAAAUAGAAAAUGGUGGUGACAGUGAUAUUGAGGAUGAACUAUCAACGCUUUUAGGCAUGAAAUGUGCCGUGUAUCACACACAUAAAUGGGGUGGUCAGCCUAGUCUCCACAAUGCGAUGGUGAGCGAGGUGGUGCCACAUCAAGAUAAUGAUCAAUUUCAAGACUUACAGGUGCGAAUACUAUUCACACACCCAACUCACGCAGAAAUGUUGCCUUGCCCCUUCUAUCUCGAUGGAGAAUGCAGAUUUGAGGAUGAAAAAUGUAGAUAUUCACAUGGACACGUUGUACCUUUGUCGGAUUUAAAAGAUGCUAUUGAUCCAAAUUUUGAAACAAUAAAAAUUGGAAGUAGAAUAUUGUUAAAACUGAAACCUCCAGAUGGAGAGGAUAUAAGUUUAACCAAAAAGACAUCUGAAAAAUAUCAUUUAUGGCACAGAGCUGUAGUGAAGAGUCUAGAUUUAGAUAAAAAGACAUGUUUAGCCAAGUUAGAGCAUGGCGUGAAAACAGGAGAAAAGAGAAAGUCUGGAUCUGAAGAAAUAUUUGUUAAGCUUGAAGAGAUCUUUCCACUGAAUGCUGAUAGUGACGAUUCUAGUGAUUCAGAUGACUGUAUAAGCGACACAGAAUACCCAGAAAGCAAAUCGUUGCGUUCCAACGUUGAGAACGAAGGUCGAGCGCUACUCAUAGAAAAAAGUUUGAUGGGAAACAUACCAGCAAUGGGAGAGUGGGAACGUCACACAAGAGGUAUCGGGUCUAAGCUGAUGCUGGCUAUGGGUUACGUGCCGGGCGCGGGGUUAGGGGCGACGGGGGAAGGCCGUGUCGCUCCCGUGGAGGCCCACGCCGGCCCCGCGCGCAGUCUCGACGCAUGCUUACUGGAGACCGAGCAGAAGGCCGGGAUGGAUCCACUCAAGGUCGAACAAAAACUCAAGAGAAUGCAAAAGAAGGAGGAAGAGAGAAACAAGCGCGCUUACGAAAGGGAGAAAGAAAGAGAGAGAAGAAACGUUUUCAACUUCUUGAACAGAACAUUGGGAGACACUCCGGAAGAGCAAGAGGCUUCUGCAUCUUCAGUUUCUCUGAAGAAAUCGUCUAGCAAAGACCUCAACAUUGAACAAUUCAAAAUAACAGAAGAUUUGAAGAGAAUAGAAAGAGAACUUAUCAAACUGAACAGCUCUUUAUCGAAAUAUUCCGCUGGAUCUGAAGGCCACAGAAGUAUUACUAUGCAAAUAAUAGAGAAGAAUAAAGAACUAAGUGCACUCAAAAAUAAAGAAAAGCAAAUAAGUAGAGAGCAAAGUAAUAGAAAGGACAAACAAAAGAUGACAAUUUUCUAAUGCCUCUUAUAGCUAGUAAGGGAAAUUAAAUUAUGUAUAUAAUUUGUUUUCUUAUGAAAUUAAUAUUAUACCAUAAAUCAACUUAUGCUUUCAUUUUAAUCUAAACAAGAGGUUCCCGAACAUUUAUCUCUUAGACAACUUUCAAAAUUUUAUUGGUUUUGAUGGACCUUGCUACUAAGUUUCUACCAUAUUCCUAAAACUCGUCAAGAAUGGGAAGAUUAGAUCGAAAAAAGAUAAUUUGCAUCGCGGCUCAGACCAGGAAAGUAGAUCAAGAAGCCGGGGUUGCUUCCUAUAGUCCUACUGGAAUGGUAAUACCAUGGUAUACCACUGUGUGCCCAAAGCUUCGAUCAACAAUUCAAUAGAUAAUGUGUCAACGCGUAGAAUCCGUCUCGGUAAAUAUAGCGUCACUUGAGGCGUGAAAUCUUAUUUUAAAUUAGUUCGGUUAA